AUGGCGAAACUCUUCGGUUAUCCAAUCAACGUCGAAGCAGAAGGUGGAGGUGGUGGUAGCGGUGGCGGCUCAGCCAAUGCGGAGGCUUCUCGAUCUGGUAUCUCCGCCGGUUUACCUCAGAGGGAAGAAAGCAAUCCGCAUUCCCGUUUCCCAGAGUCUGGAUCAUCGGCUCCGAUGGAUCCACAAUCGGAUCUGGAUAACUCCUUCAUCGAUUUCUUCGGCAGAGAGUCGAACGAUAUCGAAACGGCUGGUGAGCCGCGAAAUCAGAGGCAACGUAUUGCGCCGAGUGAGGUAGAUAUCCCCGGAGGAUUCGGUGACGUCACGGAGGAGAUGGAAUUAGGGCUAGGAAUCGGUGCCCCAUCAGGUGAUGAUUCAGUUACUGUGAAUAAGGUAACUGAUCCGGGUCGGGUCGUAGUUGGUAAUACGGAUCUGACUCCUCUCGGAGGUAGUAUGGGUCUAGCUCCUUUUGAUGAUGAUCUCUUUUGCGAGGAGGAAGCCAUGUUGAUGACUGAUCAAUUGGAAUUAGAGCCUGUCCAAUCCAGAACUGCACCUGUUAACAACAUUGAUGCUUUAGAAUUUGCUGAAGCUGUACUGAUGAACGCUGUGGAAGGCAGUUCUAUCAUGGACGUGGAUGCUGAGUUUUAUCUAGCUAUGUUUCCUCGACCUGGUGGUGAAGGAACCCAUGGAGCUUACGCUGAUGUUUUUGCGGAACCAUUCAAUCAAGAACAUCCUCCUCCUCUUCCUAAAAUCAGGGGAACUCGUCCCGCAUCCAAAAGGGUUGUUGAUGAUCUCCCUGUUGUGGUGAUCACCUCUGAAGAGCUCAGCAAAGGGAAGAUUGUUUGCGCGGUCUGCACUGGGAAGAUUGUUUGCGCGGUCGAGGAGAAAGUUACUAGGCUUCCUUGUUGGCAUUACUAUCACGGAGAGUGUAUAGUACCUUGGUUAGGGGUGAAGAACACAUGCCCGGUUUGUCGGUUUCAGCUUCCUACUGAUGAAAGGAAAGGCUAG